AAGAAAUAUUUUGUUUUGAAUUUUAGCUGUGGUGUUUUGAAAAAUGUUCGUGUGACAAUGUUUGUAAUUAUUGUUUGGAAACGUGCUUAUUAUUUUUUGAAUAAGAUAUGAAUAGUUAAAAUGUCUGACAUGUUAAAAAAGUAUUAUAUAUGGUGCAAUGAACCAUUGUUCGUGUUGCUAAAACAUCUACCAGAAAUUGUUGAGUAGUGUUUUGUGUACAACUACAAUUCAAAGAAGUUUGGACUACAAAUCACAAUGGGAAAUUGAAGCGACAGUAAGAUAAGAUGCCGGCGAUGCUGAAGAAACCGGAGCCCCUGAUCGGCGUCAUCGAUCAGGGGACGGAGCUGGCGCGCUUUGUGGUGUACGGGGCAGAGUCCAUGAAGGAGGUGGCGAGCCACACCAUCGACAUCAACCAGCGCAGUCCGCGCGAGGGCUGGGUGGAGCAGGACCCCAUGGAGCUGAUCGGCGCGGUGCAGGAGAGCAUCGCCUGGGCGCACGCCUCGCUCCAGCAGCAGGCCAUGGCUGCCGUGGCCGCCGUGGGGCUGACCAACCAGCGCGAGACCACCGUCGUGUGGGACCGCCUCACCGGGGAGCCGCUCUACAAUGCCAUCGUGUGGUCGGACAUCCGGACCGCCUCCACGGUGGACCUGAUCCUGGCCAAGGUGCCCAACAACAGCAAGAACUCGCUGAUGCCGCUGUGCGGGCUGCCCAUCAGCCCCUACUUCAGCGCGCUCAAGAUGCGCUGGCUGAUCGACAAUGUGCCGGCCGUGCGCAAGGCCAUCAAGGACCGGCGCUGCCUCUUCGGCACCGUCGACUCGUGGCUCGUCUGGAACUUGACCGGGGGCCACAACGGGGGCCUUCACGUCACGGACGUGACGAACGCCUCGCGCACCAUGCUCAUGAACAUCAACACACUCGAGUGGGACCCAGUCCUGUGCAGGUAUUUCGGCAUCCCCAUGGACCUCCUGCCCAAGAUCUGCAGUUCCUCCGAGGUGUACGGCUACAUCGUCGAGGGUCCUCUCAAGGACGUUCCUAUUUCCGGGAUCCUGGGCAACCAGCAGGCGGCGCUGGUCGGAGAGAUGUGCCUGGAGAAGGGGCAGGCCAAGAGCACGUACCGUGACGGCUGCUUCCUCAUCUACAACACCGGCACCACCCGGGUGCAGUCGACCCACGGUCUGGCCACGACCAUCGCUUACCAGCUGGGGCCGUCGCAGCCGCCCGUGUACGCGCUGGAGGGCUCGGUGGCGGUGGCCGGCUCGGCCAUGCGCUGGCUCUCGGGCAAGAUGAGGCUGCUGGACCACGAGUCGAGCGUGGAGGAGGAGGCGGCGGCCGUGAGCUCCACCGGUGACGUGUACUUCGUGCCGGCCUUCUCCGGCCUCUACGCCCCCUACUGGCGCAAGGACGCCCGCGGCAUCAUCUGCGGGCUGACGCAGUUCACGACGAAGCAGCACAUAAUCCGGGCGGCGCUGGAGGCGGUGUGCUUCCAGACGCGCGACAUCCUGGAGGCCAUGCACAAGGACUGCGGCAUCCCGCUGGCCAAGCUGCAGGUGGACGGGCCGCUCACCUCCAACAACCUGCUCAUGCAGAUGCAGGCCGACCUGUGCGGCAUUUCCGUGGAGCGGUCGUGGGUGGCGGACACACGGGCCGUCGGCGCGGCGUCCGUGGCCGGCAGCGCGGCGGGCAUCCGGGUGUGGAACGUGGACGAGCAGCGGAAGCAGUGCAUCGAGUGUGACGUGUUCCUGCCCACCACCACGGACGCAGAGCGAGACAGUCGCUACAACAAGUGGAAGAUGGCCGUGGCUCGCAGCCUGGGCUGGGUCGGCACCAAGAAGUCCGUGGCGAUGACAGACGAGCGGUACCGGCUGCUGGCCUCCAUCCCCGCCAGCUGGUUCCUCAUCGCCAGCUUCGGCAUGCUGGUGCUGUCGGGGCUGUCGAGGUGACGCCGGGGCUGACGGCUGCUCGGCUCCCGCUCCGCUCACAGAACACCUGAUUCGUCCGUUCAAGUGCAAAAACUCGUGUGUCUCUUUUAAAUAUACUGUAUUCACCAGAACGCCAGACUUGAAGCAACUUGCUGUUGAGUAUCUGAUUUUUUUUUGCCUAUCCUGUGCUGAGUUAUAUCAUGCACAUUUUAUUCAUUAACAUUGACAGUUACUUCAGCAUGAUGAAAUAAACCUCACAAUCACCUACAUGCAUUGAAAUCAACAUAUAUAUAUAUAUAAUGUUAAUAACUCCCAUAACAUAUUCACCGUACACCCACUUUCCCUCUGGCCUCCGGUCGUGUGUCUGGCGCCGACAGCAACAGCGGUCUUGUUGGAGAUGGACCGAGACUAAGCACAAGUAUUACAAGUGCUGUACAUCACGAGGCAAAAAUUAUGCAUUUAACGCAUCAAAUGUUACUUGUUAAUUUCUGGACCAGCAACUUGUCAGGGUGGCAGAAAAAAUCAGUAAAUUGAAAUAAAGGAUAGAAACAGCAAGUUGGUACUGCAUAUGAAUAUUCCUUAUUUAUUAAUUUAUAUUGAAAACUUUAGAAGUAGCAAGUAGAGGAGUGUUUGCUGCCGUGUUGUGAAUGUGGGAUGCAGAAUGCAUACAUAUACUUUUGGCCUUCUCUUAGAGUUCUUACCUAGGAUUGUUUUAAGCUGGAGCUUAGUAAUGUAGUUUUCUCUUUGUGUUUUUUGUGAAAAAAAUUUGUGCUCAGUAACAUGUUAAAAUGCAUUACAUGUUGCAUUAAUAAGGUAAUCUAUGACUGUAUAACUGAUGCUAAUGUUACCUAUAUUGGUUAGGAAUGCCAAAAACAUUAGUAGCAAUACACUUCUAGAUAUAUGUAGUAGCUGAGUAUGAAAGAGUGGUUAACAAGGCUUAAGUUUUAGUUUUAUUUAUUAGAUUUUUUUUAUGUAGGCCUAGUUUUGCAUUCAGCUUGUUGUGAAUUCUGGUAAGUACAGUAGGUAUUAGAUAUUACUGUAACUAGUUGACUAGUUGUGUUUAGAAUUAACCAAAUUGGGUAUUUAGGUUUCAUCUGUUUAAAAGUAUGUGCAUGCAUGUAUCAGUGUUAUACGCGACCGAGUUAAGACGUAUAACCAUGCAUCUUUCAAAGCUUCUUUGUUCCUUUAGCAUUAAAUCAUAAGUGUAUGAUUUUAGGUAUAGUUUCAAUUGAGUCAAGGUUGGCUGUAGAGUUAGCCAGUAAUUACUGGCUUACUUAACACAUCCUAAAAAUGUUUAGAUUUUAGGGCUAUGUUGGAAAAAAUAAAUAAAUGUGAUCUGAACUACAGUAAUCUUAAGUGUCCACUAAAAUGUAUCAACCAUACAUAUUAAGUUAAAAAUUAAAUUCUUGUUAACUUAGUCACAAUAUAUGUGUAUGCGAUUCUGCUUUAAUUUUCAAACUGUUAAUAAAAUAAAAAAAAUCUGUGGCAUAUAUAUAUAUCCUGUAUCUCAUCAUGAGGAUACAAUAUAUUAGUUAAUAUUUUUGUGUGCAAUAUUAUCUUUUCUUGUGACAUGGUAUCACUAUUCCUGAUAAGCUGCAACCAGACAGUAGGUUUGAGUACAUAGUCAGUAGUGGUACCGAUAUCAAAUAAAUUUAUUUAACCAUCCACAUCAGAAUAAUUUACUGUCUUUUUGGGGCUAUAACUAUCAAGAAUUCUUAUAUAUUCUUUUUAUAUAUAUAUAUAUAUAUAUAUAUAUAUAUAUAUAUAUAUAUAUAUAUAUAUAUAUAAACAGCAGUUCUUCAAUAAAACUAAGUUUUUAUGUAAGUAUUCCUGGUGUUGAGGGCAAAAGAGAAUGGCGUAAAUAGAUGAACAUAUGUGAGGAAAGAGAGUGAAUAGAACCUAUCUCUGCUGCAAUGCCAGCGACGGAGACCCCGGUAUGGGAACAACUCAAUUGAUGUACCUAUUUCAAAAGUGUUGUGAUUAAUGUGAAUGCACUGUGUUGUAAGGUUUACAAGUUGUUACCUAUGUAUAUUUAUAUAUUAGUUGUUUUAUUAUUGUACUUAAACUACAAUGCAUAGUGUACAUAGUCUGUGUGAAGUUACCUUCUUGUGUAACAGGGUAUUUGUUGUUUUGUUUGUGUUCUACAAAAAUGUUUUAAAUUUCGACAAGUGUGUGAUGAAACCGAUUGUUACUUUCCUGUUUGUUCCGCGCUCUAUUACAUCCGAGACUCAGGUCAUGUGAUUCGUUAUGUGGAAUGUGUAAGUAUAAGUUGUUUGUUCCACAGUGAAAAUAAAAAUAUUUGUUUAUGA